AUGCUUACUCUGGUGUCACCAGCUGGACCCAGUAACUCCACAUGUGGCUACUGCUCGCCUCCCGGGGUUAGAUCAGCCGAAAAGACUUUCGCCCAGAAAUGUGGGCUUGUCGGGCUUCAAAUGAGCGUUACCGUGUACAAGCAACUCAUUGACCGCGGUUUUCGUCGCUCUGGAAAGUUUAGACGCACUUGGUGCUACCUCCCCAACCUUCCAAAGUCUUGUUGCCCGCUCUACACGAUCAGACUCGAUGUUUCCGAAUUCAAACUAUCAAAGAGCAAGCGGAAGCUGGUAAAUCGGUGGAACAAGUUCAUCUUGGGCGGCAAACAACCUACCGAAAAAGAGUUUGUCCUAACAACCACAAUCCAUGCCGCAGAAAAUGAUUCACAGUCGUCUGAUCACAAAUUCGAGGUCAUUCUUGAACCGGCCUCUUAUAGCGACGACAAAUUCAAGCUUUUCUGCAAGUAUCAAGAAAUCAUUCACCAUGAUCCCAAGAACACUCCCUCAUCUUUCCGUCGCUUUCUCGUAGAGACUCCACUCCGGCCAAGCCCAAUUCCAUACACGACUACACAAACGUCUCACCUUCCGGAGAAAUACGGAUCGUACCACCAAUUGUACAAAUGUGAUGGCGUUCUCAUCGCCGUUGCCGUCCUUGACAUUCUCCCUGGAUGUGUUUCUUCCGUAUAUUUCUUCUAUGAUCCCGACUGGGACAAACAUUCGCUUGGCAAACUAAGUGCACUGCGAGAGGCCGCAUUAGCAGCCGAAAUACACGCGGCCGGAGCGCCUGAACAGCCGUACCUCUACAUGGGCUACUACGUCCACUCUUGUGUCAAAAUGCGGUACAAAGCCGACUACCUGCCUUCAUACCUCGCGGAUCCGGAUACGUUCGAGUGGUUUCCUAUCGACUCCGUAUGCAUUCCUCUGCUCGAAAAGUAUCGAUAUGCGUGUUUCUCGGACCCGGCGAAGUCGACGAACGAAGAUCCUCGACAGGUUGCAGCGGAAGAACGCCAGAUCCCCCCAGAAUUGUUGUCAGAGGUCAACGCAGUCACUAGCAUUGAAAAGGGUGUGGUGCGAGUUGUCCCGGUCACUAAACAUCCGAUUUGGGAGGAAGAGGAAGAUCGGUUGGCACUUACUGCGUGUAUUGCCGGAAUGGGUAACGAAUUAGCGAAAGAGGUCAUCCUUUAUCUUGAGUAA